GGUCAGUGUUACCUGAGAUCUUACGUAAUGCCAGUCGUGCAGACUGCUGUCCUGUCUGCAGCUCGUGCAUGUGAGCAGCUCGAGUCGCAGAACACGCCCUGCUGCAUCCUACACAGCGGCUGCAUCCCUCGUCCUGCAGAAUUUCUUCUGAUACACAGAGAAAAGGUCGAGGAUACACAGCUGAGCUUUAGGAUGUCUCAGGAUGACAAAGACACAACCCCUGCAGCAGGGACACUCUCUGCAGCCCAACUGCAGUCCCACCAUAAAAUGGAGCCCAAGACUCUGGGGGCAAUCCAAAUCAUUAUUGGGGCACUGAUUCUUUGUCUCAGUGCUUCUGUGCUCCAGAUCCACGAGGUCCACUUUACAGAAGACGUGGCCCUGUUCCUGGUGGUUGUCGUACAGGUGACCCUGUCUGGUUCAGUGCUGGUCCACAGUGGCAGGAAACCCAGUCUGUUUUGGGUGAAAUGUGUCCUGGUGCUGCAUCUGAUCAGUGCUGCUCUUACCACCGGAGCUCUGGGUCUCAUGUCCAAACACCUGCCGUACCGCCAGGACUCCUACCACUGCGAACACUGCCGGAGGCUGGAGCUGCAUGCUGUGCAACAUUGUUUCAGAAAAUGCACCGGGCUGAUCGAGCAAAAGUGUAAACUGCUGAUCGAUGGGAUCCUGGGAACACUGGUGAUCUUCCUUGUGCUGGAGCUGCUGAUCUGUAUCACUGCCAUGCUGUUCGGACUAAGUGUCUUAGCUGCUGGUGGAAAUCAGACCUCCACCCAGAGACCUGAGUAUCCACAGACUCGCCCGCCACCUGCUCCGGUGAUGCAGGCUGUUCCGACACCCCAGGUAGAAGCUGAACCAUCUCAGGUUGCCGUAAUUGUGACAGAACCAGAUUCAGAGCAGAUAGAGGAGAUCGCCACCCCACCCACUGAACCUCAGGUGGAGCCGAUAGAAGCUGUUGCCAUGGAAACCUGAAGUCAGAAUUUACUCCCUGUAGUGUUGUAUUAUUCCCUGACAGAACAGAAGGGUCAUUUCUGGUAGUCAUUAUAAGUUGACUGAAAUUUAAAAUGCAACAAAUCUGCUGAUUUAUGUAGCUAACAGCCACUGACACAAUGUAAACAAACAAACGAAUAAAUACAUGUGAAUGUCCUAACAAAUUUAACACAGUCAUUUACAAUGAUUACUUAGGCAACUCAAACUGAUAGUCCAUUAAAUAAAAACUGAUCAGAUAUUUCUGAUUUAAAUUCUAAAUCUGAGCCAAUGGAAGAAAGAAAAGUGUUUAUUCCUGUCAGUAGUUGUGUGUUCACAUGUCGACUGAAAGAACACUUUAUUAAAGAUCCAGGUUUUCUGCACAGUUUGCUCUGCUUUCAUACUCAGUUUGUUAGUAUUCACGUGGAGACUGUAGAAUGUCAUGACCAAGUGAUUGUGUAAAUAUUGUAAUCACAGUUAAAUUAAAAUUAUUGACACUUCUCAUCACUCUCCUGAGUCCUGUCUCCCAGUAGCAGAUUAAAUCAGAAUCAAAAUCAGAUGUACUUCAUUGAACUGGCAAAUUGCAGUGUAUGAUCGAAUAAGAAAGAGAAUAAGAGUAAAAUUAAACUAUAUGAUGAAAAAUAAUAUAUUCAGAGCACACUUGAUAAAUAUUCAGAUUAGAAAUAGAAAAGAUAAUUAAUAUAAAAGAAAAAUAUCUAUUUACAACAUACAAUUCACAAAUAAAUAUCCAGGUAAAAAUAAUUAAUAACAAAAAUUACGGUAUUCAAGAUCUAAAACGAAGGUGCGGUGGUAGAUGAAGCAAGGAAAAAAGGAAAGAAGACGAGUUAACCAGCAGUGAGUCUGGAGAAGAACUCUUACAAAGUGUUAUGGCCUGCGGCAGCAAAGAUCUCAGCGUUCAUCGUGACAGCAGAGCUGGAGAAGCUGCUGUGUCUGCUUUGUGGUGGAGAGGGUGGUCUGGGUUUUCCAUGAUAGAAAACAGUUAGUUUGCAGUCCUCCUCUCCACCACAACUGCAAACAUCUUCUGCAGGCAACCAAUCACAGAGCCAGAGUCCAGUCUGCUGUCGAUGUUCACACCCAGGUCCACAUGUCAAUGUUCCCCUCCAGGAUGCAAGGA